AUGGCCCUGCCGACGUUUCGUGCACUUUCAGACCUCCCCAACAUCGCGAAGUUACAAGUAACGAAGUCCGAAUUCAUUGGCCCUGCCAACACAAAACGCACCUCCGCGCGUACAAGCGAACGGGCACGCCUUUGCACAAGCGAACGGGCAAAUCUUUGCACAAGUGACCGCUCAGCCUUGCUCAUCGCCUCCGACACGGCGAUGUUGUCCGGAUCGCGGCUGGUGCCACAGUUCGCACACUGGAUGUGUCCGCCUUUGUUCUCCCUUCCGACUCCGAGACGGCAUCCCGAUGGUUACAUACUUCUCGGUUGGUCUCCAUCCUUCACCCUAGUGACGGAGUACUCACCUUUGAGGCUCACCGAUGUCCACGACCCCUCCGCGGUGGGGCUCUUCAUGGCCUUCGCGGGACGGGAGGACUGCCAUUUCUGGGUAGUGCACGCCCAAGCCGACUUCGGGACCCUGCCGGAUGGCUGCCUACAGCUGCGCAGGGACUUCGCCAGGUCCAAAUGCACCUCUGGCUUCCCGGUUCUUGAUCUUAUUAUCGCCCCUCCUGGUGCAGCCGCGUGGUGGAUUGUGAAAGAUACGAUUGGGUGCGAACUGUUGCGACCCGUGGUACAACACUACGUCUCGCAGUGCUCCUUUUUCUUCUGUGCCAUCGAGCCUGACGGUGCCGUCUACAGCGUGGAGCCAUCAGCAGAAGUGCGGUUCAUGACCCCAAGCCCACAUGGAGCCCGAGCCCUUGUUGCUAAGGUCCUGCCUGGUCUCGUGGGUAGGGUGGUUGACGGGGUCCUUCAGGUCGUAGCCGCCAAGGCGGGCUCAGUGUCGCUUGCGGGAGGCUUGGCUCUUCUCUUGCUCAGUGGCCAAGCCGCCUCGAUGCAAACCGCUCCGGAGCUGCCCCUGGUACCAGCCAUUGAGCCGCCUGCUCUGCCUGCGAUCAUGCGCAUCUGGACCCUCAAUGUCCGCCAGCCUGUGGAUCUACCAUGGCGGGCUGAAGGUUGCCCCACCAGGUGGUUGCGUGAUCUCAUGCGCCGUUUGCACAGCAUUGAUGAUCCCGGCGAGUUUCGGUCCACGUGUGGCCCCCGGGACAGCGGCGUCCAGCAUGUUCUGUCUGUACCAUUAGUGCCCCCCACUGUGCCGCGCAAUCGUUUUUGGCUCUUGCACUGGGGUGAGGCGGCCGUCGUUGCCUUUGGUCACACCCCCUUCAGUUGGGAUGUUGUCUCGGCACACUUGCGCACGCUCUUUCCGGGGGGCCAAGUCCCCGACCGUUGCCCAGCCAUCGCCUACGCCGGUGCCUUCUAUCCCCCGGGUGCCGCUCUGCCAGACCUCCCGUUUGGGGCAAUUAUCCAGCUUCUAAUCGGAGCUCUGGCUCGUGUCCCCAGUGAAGACGACCCUUGGCAUCCCGAACCCUAUGUUGUGGACGGCCCGUGGUUCCAACAUGUCCCCAGCAAGGGACCUGCACUCGAGCCCGCAAUUCUCAUCGAUGCUGGGGGUAGCAGGCGGCCCGACGGCUACGUGCCAACUACGUUGGUUGACCAGGGCACUCAAACCGAUCUGUCGGGCAACGGCUAUGGGCUGGCCUUGCCGAGCCCGACGCAGAGCCUGCUGACUGCGCCGGGCCAGUCUCUUGGCCCCCCCGAGGUCACUGCUGCUGCUGCGGCCUUACCACCCGACGUCGACCUACUGGAUAUGGGCAGCCCCUCCGGUUGCCAGCAGGGAGCAGCGAGCUCCUGGGCCCUCUUGGUGUUUCUGGGGAUGCUUGGGCCACCACCUCCUGACCCUGUCAACGCUCCCUUUCAGCCCCGGCUCCUCUUCCUGCGCGCGGCCCGUCCACUGGAAGACUAUGCUUUGGGCCUGUGGCCCCCUCCUGUUGACCGGGAGCCGGCGGCCGAUGAGGACGCCGUCCGCAGAGUUCAAUCCGGUCUCCUGAACCGCCAGCGGGGCUUGCGCACUUUUGCAGCGGCUAUUCCGCUAGGCACACCCUUCUGCAUUCAUAACCCCUUCACGGCUAGGCCUCAAUGUGAGAUGGUCGAGUACGCGGCCGGCCCUGAGAUCAAUCCACUCACGCUCUUUGCCAGCCAUGCCAGACAUCGCGGGUGGGCUGGUCUUGUUCUCCUUCAGCCUCAGCCAGAUUCCUCCGCGGUGCACCUUAUCGGAUGCCCCGUUGCUUCGGGGAAUGCAGCGGUGGGGAUCGUUUUUGAUGACCGCCUCAUUCCUUGCUGCCUGCCAAAUUGCGUCCCUGUUACUGCCCUCGGGGCGCUUGUGCUGGAAGGCCACGCUUGUAACCUUAACCCCCCGGAGUUCCAAGAAGGCUCUGCUGUGGUCCAAUUCCGCAAUGGUGACUGCUUGGCUGCCCGCCGCUGCACGGCUCGCACGGCUGCGAGCCAUCUUCUUCCUGACAUUGCGACCGCUUCCCACCCUUCUGCCACGGCUGCAGCAGGAGGGUUCCCAUGGGGUGUUGACCCGGCCAACCGUGACUUCUCAGGCAUCACGGCCGACGAUCCUGUCUACGUCGUCCUGCAUAGCCCUUUCCAAGGAGUCUUCCCCCCCUAUACUGCCUCGCAAGAGACCCGGCACUCACAAGUUUGGGCGCAGUUCCUUAACGACGAUCCGGGUUGGGCCUCAGAGUACUUCCCGGUCUGGCCAGGACCUGCUUUCAACGAGCUGUCGAUCGUUCCGGUUGGACAGGAUGCAGCGCUUGUCACCAUCAUGUUGGUGUGGCGUGGCCACCACAGGGCCACCCUGACGCCACGGACUAUGACGGUGGACUGGCUCACUGCCUUCAUUGCCCGUCACAUCAAUCACCCGGUCGGCGGCAUCUCACUUCCCCAUGGCCUUGCUGUCAGCGAACUUUUUGAUGUCCCACCAGCGGCUUUCCGCUUCCGCAAUGGUGACGUGGUCCAUGUCCAUGAUCCACCUGAGGAUCCUUCCGAACCACUGGAGUUCGUCGAGCCGUGGCACCUUCAGGACGGACUUGCGGCACAUCACGCUCCGUGGGCCGUCGGAUUUCAGCUCAUGUUCGGCAUAUCUGUACAUCUACUUCGACCCGAGCGGCCACCGCUCCUGGCUUCCAUUGCUGCCGGAGAAGCCUGGUGUCCAGAGACUUUCACUUUUUCGGGAACGUUCCAAAACCACUUCCCCGGCAUGUGGACGCCGGUCCAAUGGACCCGAGCCCGCGCCCUGCAGCUGAUCGAGGUUAAUGGGGUUGCAGCUAAGGUCAACAUCGUUGCUGCCACUCCGGAAGGCCGGCUAUGUCGUUCAGUUGACCGCAUCACCUCUCGUGACCAUAUUGCCUCCCAGCUUAACUUUCUCCCCGCCACCAUUUGUGUGGGAGGAGUGCCCUCAUAUGCCAUCGACCAAGCGUGUGAGCUUCGGAACGGCGAUGUCAUUUUUGGUCACUUUGCUCGCAGCACCUGCUUUGGCCGGUCGCACUUUUGGGGUCUUGCCCUUGCCAGUCUCCUGACCAGACGAUCCCACCCUGGUGCUCUUGCCGUCCUUCUUUUUGGUGCUCUGGGGUUGCGAGCCUCCUCCCUGCCGGCAGCCCCUGGGCCUUAUCUCUUGGCCGCCUCUAUGUGUCUGCCUGCGGCCCAUGCCAUGCACAUGCAGGCCUCUGCCUCUUCAGCCCCGAUUCCGGUUGCAGCUCCCCCCCGCCUCACCGUCACAGUUGCCAAUCCCUUUGCCUCGUGGGCCCGGGUGGAAGUGGACCCUCAGCACCUGUUCGAUGCCGUCAUCGCUGAUGCGCACCACACUCUUACAUCAUGGCAUAAGGGUUUUGCAGCUACUGGGCUUGUCUUUGAUGGAGCCCAAGUCGUGGUGCCGCUCCCAGGAAGUCGCCUGGUCUGCAUCCUUGUCGCGGGUCUCGGGCAGCUACUAUGCGUUGUUCUGCCCGCCUUUCUUACCCCCAGAGACCUGAUGCAGGCGAUCCAGAUGCGCCUUGGUCGCCGCGUUUGUGUUAGCCUGCCCCCUGGUUUGGCAGCAGCCGCUCGGUCCGCCCGCCCGGUUCUUGCACUCCGGUCAGGGGAUGUUGUUUCCGUCCACCCCCCUCAGCUUGAUCCCCUCGCUGGUCCACGUGAGCCGCCUGUUUUUCUCACAUGGGGCGCUGCCCAUGCAGCCGCGGCGCGGCACUCCGACUUCGUUGUGGCUCACGCUUCUUGCGUUCUCCUGUGGUCACCCUGCCGCCCUGCGCGAAUUGCUCUCCUUGGUCAUCAGGCCAGAUGGGAUGCGGCCGCGGCCACCGUGCAACGCCACGAGCACGAGCUCGGCUCCCACCGUUGGGCCCCCUGCCACGGCCAUCUUGGGGCCCCUCCUUGGCUUGUGGAACAGUCUGCCGCCGAGGGGAGAGCAAAUAUCAUCCAAUCUCGUGACUCUACUCGUUGUAUUGAAAUAGCACGGGAUGCCGCCCACGAUCUUUAUAUCGAUGGGUUUUCGCUCCGGCCCGCCUCUAGUCGUGCCUGCUCGGUUGCCAAUGUGCGUGAUGGCGACUGGUGGGUGCUUUCAGCUGCUACCGGCCUGCUCGCCCGGCGGGGUUCUUUGUAUGUUCAGCUCGCCUGGUUUGUCUACAGCUUUGCCACCCAAGGCUGGGCCGUGUCUUCCGGUGCCUCGAGCGGUUGUCCAAGCGUCGACUCAUCCGAGGCUCGCACCAUCCGCACGAGGCGGCGCCCGAGCCGCAGUCGAUCCCCGGCCUCGCCAUGGCCCGGCCGAUUCUUCCCGCCCAGGGUCGACUUCAAUGACGGCGAGCCCGUUGUCAUUCAAGGUGGCUGGCAACCGGACUCGCCCGAUUGCCCUCUUGCGCGCUGCUUCCCUGGGCCGCGACCACAAACGGCCAGGGUGCUUUGCCCCCUUCGAGGCUGGAGUGAGGUGUUCUUUGCCGACCUUACUGCUACGUGGCAGGCUAUAGAACUCGUUGGAUCUCGGCACUGCGGAAGCUGGGCGCGUAAGUUUUUCCCUGUACGGUCGGUCCUACUGCUCUCUCAAAUCACAGUUGCACCCGUCGCGCCCUACGGGCUGGCAACUGUAGUCUUUCAUUUGGAGAGCUGCUCCGCUGUUGCCCUCGCACCGGUUGACUCGAGCCUUGCUGAUAUUCACCGCCUGGCCACUCGGGUGUUCCCGCAUACCCGUUUCUGGCGGGUGGUCGCCCCUCCGGUGCUGAGUGCCGCCAACCCUCACACUCAUGUACGGUUGCGUAAUGGGGAUGCUUUUAGUCUAGUGCCAGAGAACUCCCAACCGGAGGCCACUAGAUUUCCCCUCCUCCAAUACACUUCCCUGGAGAGGGCUAGGCAAGUAGCUAGUUGGUCCCUUCCUUUCCGGUUUGAUGUUGGGGGUUUGGUUUUUCUUUGGUACACUAAUCGCAAAGUCGGCCAUUGCCUUCGCAUCCGCGAUGCUGGCUAUUGGAAUCCGGACGGCCCCACCUUCUGGAGCCUUAAUGGCGAGGCGCUUUCGGGCUCUUGGGUACCGGUCCUCAUCGGUGACCUCUCCAGCCUCCAUCUUAUGCAUCGGACCUCGAUCGGCAAGGCGCAUGUGCUUUUCCUGUUUCCCCCUGACCUGGAGCCAGUGGGAAGACUUCUUGCCGGCUGCAACGUUUUCCGCACCCCGCCGGGGUGGCGUCUCCUACCAGCCCUGCAAUGCGUUCGUGCCGACAGCUCGCUUCGAGAUGGCGAUGUUCUGGUGCUCAACCCUACAGCCGACCUUGUCUGGGAUCCUUUUGGGCCACCCCCAUUAGUUCCUGCUGAACCGGAACCAGGGACGCCCCCUGCCGCAUCUCCGGCUGCUGCUCGUCCUGCUUUUUGGGCUCCUUUGAUUGCGCUUCUCGCCCACUGCCCUAGAUGGACGGUGCUCGCUCUCUCUCUGCACAUGGGUCUGAGUAUGGUCCCGGUUGCCGAGGUCCCGGAGCAACCCAUCCGGGCCGGCCUCUACCCCUGGCGUAUGUCGCCGCGAGAAGCGGAUCUGGUUAAUGUGUCCUCCGGCACCGAGCUCGAUAUUGUCUAUCUUAGCCCCUUUACGGGGCCGCAGGAAGCUGGCCGCCUCCCAGCCGCAGCCCCCAUCUCCGAACUCAAUUCUUUGACCCGGGCCUGUGAUCCGGUAUGGGGUGCCGACGUGGUACCUGUGUGGCCGACUGCGGCCAUCCGGCCCUGUUGGUGGUGCCGCGGCCACCUACCCCUGACCUUGUCUGCCUAG